GUCAACAUGUCCUACAGCUGCUCCUCUGGAAACUUCUCCUCCCGCUCCGUUGGGGGCUACCUGCAGUACCCAGGCUCCUCCUGUGGCUCUUCCUACCCCAACAACCUGGUCUACAGCACUGAUCUCCAAGCUCCCAUCACCUUACAGCUGGACUCCCCUCUCCACAGUGGGUGUCAGGAGACCUCCUCUGAGGCUAUCAGCUCCCAGAGGUCCUGCGUGGUGUCCAGACCUUGCCAGACGUCCUGCUACCUCCCGAAGAUCUCCACCCUGGGCAAUAAUUGCCAAACAACUCUCUCAGGAUCUCUGGGAUUUGGGUCCAGGGGCUUCCAGUCUUUUGGCUGUGGCUCCCCAUCUCUGGGCCUUGGAUCUACUGGUUUUCAAUCAGUGGGCUAUGGACCCCGUACUUUCUCCUCCCUAAGUUGUGUGUCCAACUUUUACAGUCCAACCUACUUCUCUUCUAGAAGUUUCCAGUCUACUUUCCAACCUACUUGUGGAUCUGGCUUCUAUUAACCACGUAUUUCAGGAAUCAGAAUUUUAAAUGUAACACCUACUAUCUUAAGAUUAGAAUUUUAAAUAUAAC